GACCAAUGUCACCGCCAAUUCAAGCGUCUUGAGCACCUCAAACGGCACAUGCGAAUACACACAUGUGAAAGACCGUUUGCAUGCUCUGUGCCUACUUGCCACAAGACAUUCUCUCGCUCAGAUAACCUUUCUCAGCAUAUGAAGACGCACGAGCGUCAUGCAGAGCGCAGA